CCGCCCCGCCGUGCCCCGCGCCCGCCGCUGCCCGACCCGCGCCGCCGCCGAGCACCAGGUCUGGGAGCCCAGGAGCCAUGGGCAGGGGCGGCCCGCACCCGGCACCCCCGGCAGCCCGCUACGGGCCACGCUGAGCCAGGGCAGACGGCGGCGGGACCAUGGGCUGCUGGCACCGUGGAGGAGGAAUGGCGACGGGCAGAGCUGCCGGCGUGGUGUGCCGGGGGCUGUAGGGCCAGGCAGCAGGCAGCAUGCCCAGCAGCCCCUCGCCCGCCUGCCACGCAGCAUCGCCUCUCCGCGGUGGCAUGGGAUGAGGCCGCCCGCUGCCCCGGGCAGCUCCGGGGAAGGGCGAAGCCCAGGGCUCCGGCCACCGGUGCUCAGCCUCCCACGCCCCGCUGCAGCACCCCGCUGCAGAGCAGCGGCCACGGGGCCCUGAGCCAUGGUCAGCCGAGAGCCCCUUCCCGGCCCGGCCCCCGCCGGCGAGGGCGGCCAGGAGAAAGCCAUGACGGUGCGCUCGGUGCUGCUCAACCGCGACUCGCCCGACAUCGAGAGCCGCCUCAAGCGCCGGCGCAACCGCACGCAGCAGGUCCGCUUCAAGGACCUGGUGGAGGGCAGCGUGGGGCAGGCAGCCAGCCCCACCCCGGAGCCCACGGCCACCCCCGGCCCCAACACCCCACGUGCCUCACCGCCCCCCAGGGACACCCCUGAGCGGGCGGCUCUCUGUGCCUCACGGCGGAGCUGGCCCCAGGCCCAGCCGGGCUCGCUGACGCUGCCCAUGCCCAGGAAGGUGUGCAUGAGCACCGCCAUCCAGACCUCCCCCAGCCUCCAGAAGCCCUUUCCAGCCUGCCAGCCCCACAGCAAGAGUGUCUGUGACGUGGCCGUGGAUGCGGUGCUGCCUGCCACCGUGGGGAGCGCCUGGUGCCCAAGGGGGGCCGUGCCCACCGGCGCCAGCUGGGCUGUGCCCCCACGGGCACCCAGCAGCGUUCCUGUGCACGACCAUGCCACAGCCCUCCCCCAGCAAGCCGCGGUGUGCCGUGUGCCACCGCCACCGCCCAGGGAUCCCUGUCCCCCUUAUCCGGGCACAGCUGGGUGCCCUGCUGCCCACUGCACCUCCCCGGUGCAGAGCUGCACCCCAGAGCCCUGCCUGCCACCCCCUGCCUGCGCCCGGCUCCGCAGAAACCCUGGGGGGAGCCGUGGGGCCCCCCCACGCCCGGCCUCCGUGCCCUGUGGUCAGCCCCGGCCAGCCACCGAGCUGCGGGGGCUGGGACGGAGCGACUCAGAGCGGAGCCUGCCCCACGGACGCCCACCACCCCAGCCCUUGCCGCACCGCCAGCAGACUGUCCCUGCCACGGACACCCACGGCCUCCACCAGCCAGCUCAGGGCAACCCCCCGCAGGACCCACCACCACCCCAGCACCAGCUCUGCGGCACACCUUGGGGGGGGCCCUGCUGUACCCCGCCAGCCCCCAUCCCACCAGCGCCGGGCUGGCGCGGCUCUGCCACCACCACACCGGAGAAGGCACCAGCUGCGCUCAGCCAUCCGGACCCCCGCGGCACCUGCAGCCAGCUACGCGCUGCUGAGCCUGGGCACGGCCUGGCAGGACCGGAGGGGUCUGGGGAGCCGCUGCCCCCCACCCCACAGGGCCCCGGUCCGGGGAUGCAGCCGUCCGGGCGGGCACUGGAGGUCCCCCGGCAUGGGCAACCCUGCCUCACUGCCGAGCAGUCGGAGACACUGCGCCACAUCCAGGACCUUCUGCAGCUGGUGGUGGCGGCCAAGGGUCCAGUGGGACCACCAGCGGGGGACGAGGACAUGCGGACAUCUCAGGGAGAGGGCCCCCAGGGGUCUGGGGAGCAGGGGGACCUGCAGUCCCAGCUGCAGUCCCUGGAAGGGGUGCUGGAGACCAGCCAACAAACCAUCCGGGUGCUGCUGGACGUCAUCCAGGACCUGGAGAAGAAGGAGGCCCAGCGGGAUGGGCGACACUCGUACCGGACAGGGCAAGACAUCGCGAACUGCGGGACCUGCCGGGACUGUGCCUGCAUCAUCUACAGCGUGGAGCAUGAUUUCCGGCAGCAGGAGGGCCGCUUCCAGCGCGUGCUGAGCCAUAUCGAGGGGGACACAACGCCGAGCUCCCCGGCGGCGGCGGCAGGGGCCGUCCUGCCGCCCAGGCAAGAGCCGUCACCGGUGACGAAGCUGCCUGCGAAGCUGGAUGCAAAGAAAUCCAGGCGCAAAUGCUUCUGGUUCCUGUGAGCCAGCGGUGCCUGGCAGGCCAGGAGCACGGGGGCACCAUCUCAGCACUGACCCCCCUGCCCAUGUCUCCUUCCUCCUCUCCCUCCCUCUGAUGGUAGGGUUUGGGUAGCACCAGCUUUUAUAUUUUUAACCGUUCAGUUUAAUCUGUUGAAGCCCCUGUGUAAAUAAGGUGAGGGGAACAAUGGCUGUAUUUAAUGAGAAUUCAAUAAAUUCUACGGAGACGCUAUUUUUGUUA